UUUCUGGGAGAGGGCUGGGUGAAAACUUCCUACACUAGGAUAUUUCAUUUUUCCAGGAGAGGGAUGGGUUUUAAUUUCCUACACUAGGUUUUAAUUGGCAGCUAAUUUUGAAUGUGAAACAGCAUUCAGUAUCCGGGAUUCAUCUGUACAUCUGGCCUGAAUGGGUGAAAUUUGAGAAAAGAUUGAUUUAAGAAUAGCUGUUCUGAAAGAUUUUUAACUGAGGAACUAAAUUCUUUGCCAACAUGGAUUCUACUUAACUUGGGAUUUGAUUGAAAUCAGGACUUCUUCUGCUGUUAUUAAGUCAAUGGAAAAAAGAAGAAAAGUGACAAGGUGUCAUAGAACAUUUUUUUGAUUGUAAAUGUUGGAAGAUCCCAUUGCUGUUUCCUUUAAUCUGAACCUUAAGUGAAUAUGGAGGGACCAAAUAAAUGAGAUGCAAAGCUUUUCAUGAUGCCUUUUUCAACUGCCUUUUUCUUUUUUUCCAAGUGCCCUUUUCUGGACUUCUGCCACAUUUAUAUCCUAACAUUCUUUUAAUAUUAAUUAUUUCCUUUUCCUUUGACAGUCUUGUAUAUCCUGAAUUGAAUAAUUUAUCCUUACUAUGAGAGUCUAUCCCAGAAUUCUCCAGCAAGCAUAUGAAAAGCACUAGUCCAAGCCAAUCAAGUAGCAGGAACAAAGGCGAGCCAAUGAGAAUUCCGGAUGAACCAAGCCCCCAUGCGAUUGCGAAGUGAAACUAAUCGCAAAUUAUUGCACGGUGGCAUAGAGGAAAGAGGCGCGGUGGGGCUCGACGGUGACGACUGUGGAGGUUCUAGCACUAUCAUAAGCAGCCGGAAUGAAUAUUCUUCCCAAGAAAUCGUGGCACGUCCGCAACAAAGACAAUGUGGCUCGCGUACGACGGGACGAAGCGGAGGCUGAAGUUCAGCGGCAAAAGAGAGAGGCCCGAGUCCUUUUAGCUGAACAAGAAGCCCGGACCGAAUUCUUACGGAAGAAAGCACGUCUGUCAGAAGGUGAUAAGAGUGGCUCAGAACUUGUUUCUUUGGAUUCAGAAAAGUCCUCAGGACAUCUUAACCUCUUUCAGGGGUCGCAAGAGAGUGGCAACAAAGAAUAUGAAGAGGAGAAGAAGCAGGAAAAGGAACGAAAAGAAAAAGCUCUAGGAAUCCUGACUUAUUUGGGCCAAAGUGCAGCAGAGGCUCAAACAUCCCUUCCAUGGUACCAGGAGCUGCCAGAUCGUAGCAAAAUCAAUGCCAAAGAUGAGAAACUUAAGGGAAGGCUGGACCCCCUGGCUGAGAUGGGGAAACAUUUAUACAAGAAAAAGUGCUCUAAUAAAAAGGAAGAAAAGAAAGAAAAAGGAAAACCAAAGCACAGCGAAAGCAAAGGAAACCUAGCACUUAGGUGCCCAUCUUCUUCCCCAUCAUGCUCUGUGGAGCAGCUCCGCCAGGAAAGGUUGCAGAGGGAAGAGGCAGAACGAGCUCGAACCAAAUCUCUUCUUGCCCAGAGAUCUGGAAUGGGUCCACGCCGGGAGGAAGAAGAGGAAAUGGAUGAAAGGAAACGGGGCUACAACUCACAGUUCAACCCCCAGCUGGCAAGACAGAGAGCAGUGAAAGACAGUCGAAUUGAGUGGGUGUAAAGCAGGAAAUUUGGUUAGUCAAACCAAGUUCUUCAGCUGAAAAUGUUGAGUGCAAAAUGCUUCAUAGAAUUUCUGGCCGCAGAAUUUCUGAUUGUACAGCUGUAGAAUUUAAUUUGAUUUUGCAGUUAAUAACUGCAGCUAGAUUGUUGGUGGCGCAAUACU